UAUGACCUAUCCAAACAUUCACACACUAACCUUGUCUCCAAUAACUAAUCAAAUUGUUCUAUAACAAAAAAUUCCAAUCCAAUGGCUUCUACUUCUUCUUCUUCUUUUCUUCUCUCAACUUCAAUUACCGGUUCCAAAUUCUCCGCCGGUACACCACUAGCACCGCCGAGCUCCGUCAGCUUCCGGCAGCAGCGAUCGUUCUCUGUUUCCGCCGCUUACUCCACCGCCGAGAGGACUACAACUAGUUCUAACAUCGCCUCACAGUCAUCGUUGUAUGAAGUUCUAGGACUUCAAGCUGGUGCUACUACUCAUGAAAUUAAGUCUGCCUACCGGAGAUUAGCCAGAAUUUUACAUCCCGAUGUCGCCCGAUUUCAGCAGAAUUCUUCAGCUGAGGACUUUAUUAGAGUGCAAUCAGCUUACGCUACUCUCUCCGAUCCAGAGAAACGUGCCAAAUAUGAUCGGACCCUAUUUGGGAAUAUAUUUGGACGAUCUGUUGGAGUGUCGUCGGCGGGAACUCGUAGCCAUUACACUACUUGCCGGAAUUGGGAAACCGAUCAAUGUUGGUAGCUUUUUUGCUUCGAACGGUUCAUUGUGGAUUUUAGCACUCCUUCCAAACUCACAAGCUCGAUCAAUUUCGUCUCCUGAUUUGGUUUUGGUUAAAAUCACCGUGUACCAUUGUUAGUAAACUGUCUUUGUAAAAUAAUUCUGGAAAUAUAAGUGAACAUAAACAGAAAUGAACAUAAACAAGAAUGAACUACGAAAUAACAAUAAGAGAUCCUCAUGCCAUGACAUGGUGUUCUCGGGCUAUGAAAACGGUGCCUCCAAACGAUGACGUCUUUGGAUGAGUUGGUGAUAUUU